AUGCCGUCUGCGCGACGAAAUCGAGAUAAUACUAAGAAUAAGAACAACAACAACAACAACAACUCGAAGAAGUUAACGAAGAAGACGAGCGGUGGUGGUCGUGAUAAUGGUUCAAAGAAGACGACGGAAACGAAUUCCGGGAACACCAUUGGCGGCGGAAUCAACAUCGAAAAGAGGAAUGAGAAGAUGAAAGAAAAUGAUUCAGAAAACGAGGACGAGGAUUCAGACGACGCGUACGACGAUUUACCGAAGGACUUCACGGACGAAGAAAUCGACGAGGACGAAGCGUUCGCAGAGGAGGACAAAGAGAUGUAUCGAGGGAUGCGGUUUUACGACGAAAAGAGAAAGGAAGAAAAAGAAGAAGAAGAAGAGGACGAAGACGACGACGGGUAUGGCGAGCUGAUUGCGAGAGCCAUGCAGACGAAUAAGACGACGACGAGCAAAAAUUCACAAUCGGAGGACGGCGAUAAUGCUGCUGCUCCCGUUAAAAGAAGCGAAAUAGUACCACCGUCCGUAACCGCCGUCGCGAAGAAGAGGAAAGUGCGAGGCGUGAACGAUGCGUUGGACGAGGAGGAGCGAGUCGAUUUAGAUUCCGAGGACGACGAGGAAACGAGAGCGUUGGACGACGACGAGAAGGACGAUAAGCGGAAGAAGAUGUUGGACGAUAUUUUAGGCGAAAACAGACGAGAGAGGAGGUUGGAACAACCCAAACCCGGUUCGGUGACAGAGUACGAGAAAGAGGGCGAGUAUAACGCGCCGGUGGAUUUGAACGGAGAAACGUUGACGUUAGAGGAUGCGAUUGCGGCGUUGACCAGAGCGAAACGAUCCACCGGGGAGAUAGCCAACGAUGAAGAUGAGGGCGACGACGGCGACGACGACGACGACGACACCAAGCCUAGAAAAGAAGAACAUUUAAGCGGCGCAUCGUUACGUGCGCUUCGGCGAAUCUCUGGUAAAGAAGCUACGCAACAGCCCGCGAGGAAAUCGGUGACGGAAAAAAUGACCCGCGCCGCGGCGUACGACAUGAACAAAGAGGAUCUCGGCAAAUGGCAACCCAUCGUCCAAGAAAACAGAAAGAAAGAAACGCUCACGUUCGACCCGUCCUCGAAGAAAAUGAUCAACAGGAAAGAUACUUUAGGUGCUUUGAGAGACGACUUUGAGCCAAGAACUGAGAUGGAGAAAGAAAUUGCCGCCAUUUUGAAGGAUGAAGCGGAGGCAGCUGACGAAGAACAAAUCGCGAAAACCGAAGAACUGGCUUUAUCGAAGAUGGAUCCGGAAGAAGCGAAAGCGAGACGCGCGCGAUUGGCAAAAAUGAAAGCUUUGAUGUUUUAUCACGAACAAAAAGCAGCGCGGUUAAAGAAAAUCAAAUCUAAAGACUAUCAUCGACGCGAGAAGAGAGCGAAUAAGCUCAAGGCGAAAAAGAACGGCGAGCUGAUGGGAGACGGCGGCGACGACGACGAUCUCGGUUUGACGAUGGACGAUGACGAUCUCGAUGAAAACGGAUUAGAUAGCGAAGGUCGAACGGCUGAAGAGCGACGAGAAUACUUUCGCGUGCGCGAGCGCGUGUUGUUAAAACAUCGCAACACGUCCAGAUGGGCGAAAAGAGCGAUAAAAAAAGGCAUCGCGCAUUUGCCGGGUACGAGAGAAGCCAUGGCCGAACAACAUCGGUUGGCGCAACAGUUGAAGCAGAAAGUGUACGCGCCCGGAGAUGAAACCUCCGACGACGACGGCACGAACAACAGUUCAGAGAGUGAGUCCGAUUCUGAAGAUGAAGAUCCAGAGCAAAGGCGCAAACGCGCGAAGCAAAAAGCGUUGGACGCUUUGUACCAAGCCAACGGCGGGGACGAGGAUAUGCCGGAAGGAUUAUCGAAAGGUGUUUUUGCGUUACCAUUUAUGAAGCGAGCGCAGGAGAAAAAGAAGAUGGAAACAGCUGAAGCGGCUAAAGCGAUCUUAGAGGAGAUGCAGCGGGAAGAUGACGGAGACGGUUCCGGCGACGGCUCUGACGACGACGAUGAUUUGAACAUCGUCGACGAGAAGGACGCGCAGGAGUGGCAAGCGAUUGCCGAAAAAGCUGGCGCGGCGACUAUGAAGAAGAAGAGCAGAACUGAGAAACAGUCCGAGCAACAACAGAAAGAAGUGGAGAAGAAAAAAGCAGCGGCACCGGUACCAGCGAAAACGGUACCAAUUUCGAAAUCUGCGAGAGCUCUUCGCGAACGCGCCGCGCUGCGCAACAGACCUCCAGCGCGAUUUGAAAAGUUUGAACCCGUGCUAAUGGAAGACGACGAAGAUGAAAAGAAGAGAAAGGCUGCCGCGAUGAAAAAAGCUGAGCUGUAUGCAGAACCGCGUCACAUCGCCGAAAAGGCAGAGAAGGAGAAGCAAAAGAAAAAAGCCAUCGCCAACGGAACGUACGUUGAAGAAGAAGGCGGCGAUAUAAACGACGACGCGAAUGACUUUCCAACUACCGCUGCGACUGAAUUAGACGACCAAAAAUCGUUAGUUUCGCGCGCAUUUGCCGGUGAUGACGUCGAAGAGGCGUUCAAAAAGGAGAAACUUAAAGACAUCGAAGAGGAACUUCCGGACGUGGAAAGGCCAACUUUACUCCCGGGAUGGGGCGCCUGGGAAGGAGAGCGCAAAAGCACGCCAAAAUGGAUCAUCGACCAGAACAAAAAAGCCGACGCCAUUCGCGAAAAGGCGUUGAAAUCUAGAAAAGAUGCCAAACUGAAGCGCGUUAUCAUCUCGGAAAGGUACGAUAAGAAAGCCGCGGCGUAUAACGUCGAGCAGCUUCCUCGCGGCUACGAUUCCAAAGCCGUCUACGAAGGCAGCAUGCGAACGCCCCUUGGAGCAGACGUCAACACGGAUAAACAGUUCAGAAAAUUGACGAAACCGAAAAUCUUGAAACCGUCCGGGGCGGUUAUUGCGCCAAUUAAGUUCCCCAGAAACGCGAGACCGCCAACCAAUGACGACGAGUCUUCAAAGAAGAAGCGCAGAACGAAGCUUUAA